AUGGCGGUGCUCUUCAACGAGGAGGAGGCGCUCUUUCAGCGCUUCCUCCGCCUGGAGAAGGACCGCCUGAAUGAGCUGGUCGACUCGAUCUUCCAGUCGGAGACCUCCUGGACGGUGGUCUACGGCGGCGGCGACAAUAGCAUCAUUGAAGAGGAGGAAUCAACUUCAGAUCCAUCUUCACCUUCAAAUGAACCUCGUCAGUUGAUCGUCUGCGAGGCGGCCGACCGCUUCUCGCUCCUCCUGCUCAACCUGAUCGACCGCUCGACCUACAUUCCGCUCAGUCGGUACCGCCUGCGCAUCAUUCACCUGCUGAUUGACACCGUGGACGACUUCUGCCUCCGUCUCAGCCAGGUGGUGCACGUCUACGAGGAGCGGUGGCCCUUCACGCGCAAGUUCUACUCCCUCCUCAACACCUUCGGCUACCUGCUGACGCUGGUCGGCGAGUGGCAGAACGGCGGCGGAUCGUACUUCAUGCAGACGCUGACGGAGAACGGCCAGGACCUGACCGUCUUCUCGCCCACCGCUCGCACGCUGCAGCACAUGAUCGAGGAGAUCUUUGAGCGCAUCGAGAAUAACAUCAUCGCCGACGUGACGCUGGACAUUAUCGAGUACAAGAAGUUGAACUGGCACGGCAUGAAGCUGAACAUCGGUGAAGAUGAACACCAACAACAACAGCAACAGCAGCAGCCAUCGCUGAGCAUCAGCCAGGCGGGCGCCACCCUCGUCUACCACAUCAGCAUGCAGCUGGCCGCCCUCAAGCGGGCCCUCUCCACCGACCUCUUCCACAGCUUCCUCUACGACGUCGCGGAGAAGGUGCAACGGCUCUUCUUUGAGCGCAUCAUCCUCGAGCACUACUUCAACCACGACGGCGCCCGCCAGCUGCAGUACGACAUCGAGAAGGGCCUGCUGGCCAUCUUUGCGCUCUACCUCAAGAACACCGAGUACACCUUCUCAAG